AUGGGCCUCCGCCGUGGGGCUGCCAAAGGGUCUGUCCGUCUGCCCAAUAAAAAGGAACCAGGUGGUCAACAGAUCCUUUUGGUGCCCUUCUCUCCAGAUCGCUCCAAGUCCGGUCGGUUCGCCCACCAAAAAGGUCAGUUCUCAAGGUGCUUCAGCCCCGAUCCAGGCUACCAGGUGUCCAUCCAGCUCCUGUCCUCAAACUGGUUUAUGGUUGCUUUCCUGACCUUCCUCUGGAAAGUCCCAGCUCUGGGCCUCUCCAUCCGUUCCCAAACCCUCAAGUUCGGAGAGGACUGGGUCUUCCUCUUCCUCCUUGGCAUCUCUAUGGCCAGUCUGAGCUUCGGACUAGAUGUUGUCACCUCCAAAUGCCAACAAGCCAACCUGUGGGUCUAUGAGGAGCUGGCGGACCAUCGCUCCCUGCAGUACUUCUCCUGGGUCUUCUAUCAUGCGGCUCUGGCCAUGGUCUCAGCGGCUUCGGCCAAAUAUCUCUCGCCGCAAGCAGCCGGCUCUGGCAUCCCAGAACUCAAAGUGGCGCUUCGUGGGGUGGUCUUGCACGAAUUUUUCACGUUCUGGACCUUCGUGGCCAAGCUGGUGGGGGUGGUUUGCACGCUUGCGGCUGGGAGCACCGUCUUCCUUGGGAAAGUGGGUCCCUUCGUCCACAUGGCCACCAUUCUGGCCAUGCUGCUGGGCAAAGUCAUGGUCAAGUUUGCAGGGUCAGCGGAGAACCCCGGGCGCAAAUACGAGCUGAUGGUCGCGGGGGUCGCUGUGGGGGUCGCCUGCUGUUUUGUGGCUCCGGUUGGAGGGGUCUUGUUUGGGGUGGAGGCCACCGGAACCCACUUCGCUGUCCGCGAUUAUUGGCGCGGUUUCUUCGCCGCCACCUGUGCGGCCCUCACCUUCCGCCUCCUGGCCGUGCUCAACAACACCCCAGAAACAGUGGCUGUCCUUUUCUGGACCAGUUGGCGGGUCGAGUUCCCCUACGAUCUUCCGGAGCUGCUCUCCUAUGCCAUUUUGGGAGUGCUCUCCGGCGGACUCUGUUGCAUCUUCCUUUUCUGCCAUCGGAGCAUCCUGAUGUUUCUCCAGAGACGGACGAGGGUCAAGCGCAUCAUGGCCAACAACAAAAUCUUGCAUGCUGGUUUUAUCUCUCUCCUCCUGGCAAGCAUCACUUUCCCACAUGGAUCGGGGCAGUAUAUCGGCUCGAGGCUGUCUAUGAAGGAGCUGCUGGAGACCUUCUUCAGCAACGUCAGCUGGGGUCUUGAAGAGGCCAACAGCACCCAUCGUCCCCACUACUCCGCUGACCCUGGUGACUACUUUGGGUGGGCCCAUCCGGACCUCUCCUCCCUGGAGGUGCUCUCCUUCUUCCUCCUUGCCAAGUUCUUCAUGGUCCUCCUGGCCACCAGCAUGGUCAUCCCAGCCGGAUAUUUCCUCCCCGUCUUCGUCUACGGUGCUGCCUUGGGCCGUCUGUAUGGAGAAGUCAUGGCCAAAAUCUUCCCAGAUGGCAUUGUCUCUGAAGGAAUCCACAUGCGCAUCACGCCUGCUGGGUAUGCGCUGGCAGGUGCAGCGGCUUACUCCGGGGCGGUGACCCAGACCAUUUCGACAGCCUUGCUGACCUUCGAACUGACCGGUCAGAUGUCCCACAUUCUGCCAGUCCUGGUAGCUGUCUUGGUGUCCAACGCCAUCAGCCAACGCUUGCAGCCAUCCUUCUUCGAGGGCAUCAUUAUCGCCAAGAAGCUGCCCUUCCUGCCCAAACUCUCUGUGGGCAAGAGCCAGGGCCACAAUCUCUACGCCGAGGACUUUAUGGUGACUGACCUCCAAUACCUCUCCUGGGAAAGCAAAUACAAAGACCUCCGGAGGCUACUUAAAACCUCCAGCCUCAAGCAGUUCCCGCUGGUGGAUUCCCAAGAGUCUCGCAUCCUUUUGGGGUCCAUCAAGAGGAAGCAUCUCUCCAGGCUUCUCUCGGAGCAGCUCAGCUCAGAGAAGAGGUUCCAGCAUCUGCUCCACCAGUCGGAGGAAACAGCCAAAAAGAAGGAAGGCGAAACAGGCCCCAAUGAAGGGAGAGGAGAUACAUCAGUGGCACCCCGAGAGGAGGAGCCCCCCGCUUCCAGCGUUUCUGGGGGUCCUUUGGUGGAAGGCGAGGAACAAGACAAGACUUCAAAGUCCAUCCCAGGGAGUGCGGACAGCCGCCUGCCCCCCAAGAAGGACCACUGGCGAUACUACAACAUGGUGGAGGAAUGGGAAUGCCAACAGCUCCAGGAGACCCUCCCCUUGGAGGCUGUGCCCACUGAUCCAGCACCUUACCGACUCCUGCCCAAGGAGACCCUCUACCAGUGCUAUGACCUCUUCAACCUCCUGAGCCUCCGUACAGCGUAUGUGACUGAUGUGGGGCGCCUGGUUGGUGUUGUCAGCCUCAAGGAGCUCAAAAGGGCCGUGGAGCAGUGCGUCAAGGGCACUAUUGCCAGCAGACCCCAACAGCCGUCAAGUGAGCCCAGUGACCAGGAAUAGAAGCCCACCAAAGAGGGCAAACUCACCACCCUCCAAAAUUAAGGUGGGAUGAUGGAGCUUUAAAGUGUACCCCCAAAUCUCUGCUCCCCCCAUCACUUGACCUUCUGCCCAUCCAGCCCUGAGACCCCAAGGGAUGAUGGAUGAAGCCAGGAGGGCAGAGCAGAAGGGCAGCCAUUUGGGAAGGGGUCCCUCACAUCUCCUUUACAAAAUGGGGGGCACCAGAUGGGAGAGAGAAGGAAGACGGACCUGAUUUGGGAAGGGACUCCCGAAUAACCCUCUGCCAUCCCAAUGGUGCAGCUGCUUUUAAAACGUCCCAGUUUCUCUCUCCUCCUCUCACUUAGUCUUAAGCUUACUUCCCAGAAAAGUCGCGUAAUCACGUGUAACGAUUUCACACGACGUCGCACAAAACCCACUGUUAAAGCGGUCAUAAAGAACCAUUAAUGCACAUCUUUUUACUUUUGGGGUUUCAGUGACGAUGCAUUUCCGACAUCACUUUAUUUGUGCCAUUUGCGUGUGAUAAUCAUUUGCACAAUUACUCACCAUUUCCGCUUUGUUUGCAGUAUGCUUUAAAUGUGCUUAAAUCUCACUUCAAUGUCAAAACCAGCCCCAUAAACUCCUCUGAAACAGAGCAAACGACCAUGCAAGCUCGACUCAGGCUUGCAUCCUUCCGAGGAGGGAGCUAAAAUGAGUACCCAGACUGUUGGGGGCAAAUUA